AGCAUAAACAUAAAUAAAACUUACGAUUUCACUUCUGUUGCAGCACAUGUGGAAUCAAGAAAAGGAGCACCUGAAGAAGUUUAAUGAGUUAAUGGUUGCAUAUAGAGUUCGACCCACUAUUUUAUUGCCGUUUUGGAAUAUUGCUGGGUUUGCUUUAGGUGCUGGAACAGCUUUACUUGGAAAAGAAAGUGCCAUGGCCUGUACUGUGGCAGUGGAAGAGAGCAUAUCCCAUCAUUAUAAUAAUCAGAUCAGGAAACUAAUGGAGGAGGAUCCAGAAAAAUACAAAGAAUUAUUACUGAUUAUAAAACAGUUCCGGGAUGAAGAGCUGGAACAUCAUGACAUGGGGCUUGACCACAAUGCAGAAUUGGCACCAGCUUAUUCAGUUUUGAAGAUUGCUAUACAAAUUGGAUGUAGAGCUGCAAUAUUUUUAUCAGAAAGAAUUUAGUGCUCUUUUUAGAAAAAGAUGGUAAUAAAUCAAGACAAAACCAGUGGACUUGUGACUGUAGACAUUUUAUACAGUUAUUUUAUAUUCUUUCAUAAAGUGCCUAGUUCUGCCAUUUUCACUCUUAUUAAGUAGUAUCUUGUCCACCAAGCACUUUCAGUGAAAUCAGUGGGGCUAAAUGUGAUUAAGGAUGGUAGAAUCAGGUCCAUAUGGACUAAUUCUAAUGUGAAAUGCAAUGUCUUGUUUGUUUUUAAAGCUGCUGGUUUUUCAAAUAUUCACAAGGUGGCAGUAAAGCCUAUGCAUAUUAGUCUUUGUACUAGUACAGACUUUAAAAAUAGGGGGAAUCCCCCAAUUUAUUUUGGAAAAAAAAUACAUUUAGCACUGACUGUUUUCUGAGUGUUCAUUUUCAGAUAAGUAAAUGAAAGAUUGGUAAGAAUAUUUAUCUCCAUUCUGCCUUGAAUGAAGAUUGAUUAUUGCAGACCUCUGCUGUCAUUGGUAAAAUGACUGCUUUCAAUCUUGUAUUUUUGUUGGCCCAAACUUUGAGGUACUUGUUCCCUUUCAUCAGUGUGAGUUUGUUGUCAGUGUGGGCUCUUUGAUUAUUGAGAAGCAGGUGGAGACAGCAACACAGUACACCUGGGUGAUUUGUACCUAAUAUUUUCUCAGUGUUUACCUCUCCAUGAGCCUUUUUCCUACCUGGAUUUCUUCAGUAUUGAAUGAAUAAGGGUACGCUGCAAGCACGGCUGGUGAACUCAGACUGGUGAGGCAGGUGGAGCGUUGCAAACCGGAGGGGGUGGCAGCUGGCCAGGCAAUCUGGCCGGUACUGGGGGGGCUGCAAACCCCCCAGCUCCCAGCUGGCUGCAACCCCCCCCCCCCCCUGCUCCUAUGGGACGCUCCACCCUCCCCACCAGUCUGAGUUCACCAGCCGCGCCUGGCACGCUGAUUUCCUUAGGGCAAGGACAGAGGGUUGCCCAAACCGUACCAGCAUGGCAUGGAACAAUUUAAAUUGGGCAGAUAAGAUUUCAACCACACCCGUUGGGUGCAUCCACACAUGCAAGCACGUGCGCUUGCAGCAGCUCAUAUAGAAGCAGUGCAAAUUUGAGCCGGGGCUUUUUGCCUCGGCAUAUGUGCUCGGACAUGCACUUUGUUGUGGAGCAAAUUG